AUGCCCGCUCUCACCCGGCGAAAGUCAACCCUCUCCCUCAAAUCCACCAAAUCGAGAACCCUCCCCCUCCUCCGCCGCUCAACAACCCUCCGUCUCGGCCGCCGCAAGAAACCCGAUCCCCUCCCCAUCGAAGAAAACGGGCCGUCAUCCCCGCUCCUCGCCCUCCCACCAGAGCUCCGAAACCAGGUCUACACGUAUUGUCUCCAGCUGUCCACGCGAGAGAAUCGGAUCGAAUUGCGAAAUCUACCUAUUCCGCCGCUGCUCGGAACGUGUCGACAGGCGAUGCAGGAGGGAAUAUCAAUCUAUUUCGCGGAGAACUACUUUGUGUGGACGAGAAUGUUCAAGCACCGGUAUCGAUUGGAGGAGAUGAUCGUGCCGCCACUGCACUAUCUGAGGGAGAAGGUCUUGAUCGGUGGUGAACUGAUCCAGAUGGGCCCGAUCUUGGACAUGCGACUCGACGCUUGGAUGCCGUGGGUCUGGAGAUUCGGCGGUCGAGGUAUGGAGGAUGAGGUUCAUCGGAUCCAUCUCGCGAGUAUUACACGGCCGGCCGUGCCAUCGAACGGAGCGUGGGUGACUUGUACGGCGUGGGUGCAGCGGGAUAUCAAGCAGAUUUUGAGGGGUUGGAGACCGGUGGAACAAGGGGGCCCGAGUUUUGAUGAGGUUAUGGAUGAGGUUGUGGGUGCGAUAUGGUUUUAUCAUAAGGUCUUAGCGACGCCUGGCGGCUGGCCUCCGAGGAUGGGAUUUUUAACGUGGGUGAGAGAUAAGAUUAUGAAAUCGAUGGAUGACCAGGAUAGGAGCUGGGGGAGGUGGUAG